CAGAGAUAAAAUAACGUUCAAAGUUCACGGUCUUGAUAGAGCCAAAGUCCAAAAUUUGUUGGAUGUUUUCUUCCUUCCGUAGAAAAAAAACCUGCUUAUGUCAUUCCCAAAAUUUGGUUGUAUCGUGUAGCUGAAUACCUCACAAUGGUUGAUUAUAGAAUUGUCAAAUCUAUUGCUGUUCUGGAAGUCAAUAAUCCCCCGGUUAAUGCACUAAGUUAUAAUGUGAGAAAGGGAUUGCAAGAUGGUGUUGAAAGAGCCAAUAAAGAUAAAGAGGUUAAAUCAAUUAUAAUUAUUGGUAAAGGAAGAACAUUUCCUUCUGGAGCUGACAUUACAGAGUUCAAUAAGCCUAUGAAAGGACCCAAUUUAGUUGAAGUUGGACUACUAAUUGAAAGCAGUAGAAAACCUGUUAUUUCUGCCAUUCAUGGAACAUGUUUGGGUGGUGGUUUGGAAGUAGCACUGUUCAGCCAUUACAGAAUUGCCUUAGAAUCAGCCAAAGUGGGAUUUCCAGAAGUAGCAAUAGGUCUUUUACCAGGAGCACAUGGAACUCAAAGACUACCAAGAGUUGCAGGAAUGGCUUUUGCUAUGGAGAUAAUCACAUCUGGUCGCCAUGUUUCAGCUCGCGAAGCACUGCAGCAUAGGAUCCUGGACAAGCUUGUGAAAGGAAAUUUACUAUCAGAAAGUUUAGAUUUUGCUGCCUCUCUGCCAUCUUCGAUACCACAUCACAGACGACUACGAAAUGUUCCAGCUAAAGGUGGUGAAAAUGCUGACAAAAUCUUUGAAGUGGCAUUAAACAAAGUCAAACAGAAACAGAGUGGAUUUAUUGCACCAAUUAAUUGUUUAAAAUCGGUAAAAGCUGCUCUGCUUCCCUAUGAAGAAGGUACUAAAAUAGAGCGGGAAUUAUUUUCUGAACUGAUGACUUCUGGUCAGGCCAAAGCACAACAGUAUGUGUUCUUCGCAGAAAGAGCUGCAACAAGGUGGUAUGUAUCAAAUGAGAAAAAUCAUAAGAACUGUUCAGCAGUACCAGUUAAAACUACUGGUGUUAUUGGUGCUGGUACGAUGGGUAGUGGUAUUGUUGUUACAUUACUUAGAGUUGGAUUACCGGUUAUACUGGUAGAACAAGACUCACAGAAUCUAGAGAGGGGUGUGAAUAUAAUUAAAGGGAUAUUACAAGGUAGUGUUAAUUUAAAGAGAAUGACAAGUCAACAAAUUAACAAAUGUUUACAGCAGUUAACACCAACUCAAAGUCUAGAUAGUUUACAUAAUGUAGAUUUGGUUAUUGAAGCUGUGUUUGAAAACUUGAAAUUGAAAGAAGAAAUCUUUGGUAAAUUAGAUCAGAUUUGUAAACAACAAGCUAUUUUAUGUAGUAACACAUCUACAUUAGAUAUAGAUAAGAUAGCAAAUGCAACAAAGCGACCUGAUAAAGUGAUAGGAACUCACUUCUUUGCACCUGCGUUUAUUAUGCCAUUAUUAGAGAAUGUAUAUGGCGCUAAAACAUCUGGAGAAACCAUAGCAACAGUCAUGAAUCUUGGAAAGACGAUUAGAAAGAUACCAGUGUUAGUAAAGACUUGUCACGGCUUUGUAGCCAAUAGAAUGUUAGCUAGAUAUCAAACCGAGGCAUCAUUUUUAUUGGAAGAAGGUUGCUUACCUCAUGAAUAUGACCAAGUUAUGGAACAAUUUGGGUUCCCGAUGGGAAUUUUUAAAGUUGGUGAUUUGUCCGGUCUAGAUAUCGGUUAUAGAAUAAGACAGGAAUCAGCUAAAGCUAAUGGUUAUAAAGUUACAGUUGAUACAAGAUAUAUCCAGGGUGAAAGAUUCUCUUCGUUGUCAGAUAAACUUUAUGAGCUCGGAAGACUGGGCCAAAAAACAGGCAAAGGAUUUUACAAGUAUGAUAGACCUGGUGCCAAAGAAGCUUUCGUUGACCCAGACGUAACAGAUAUUAUAUUAAAACAUUGUAAAGAUACUGGUAUAAUCCGACGUAAAAUAAGUACACAGGAAAUAGUAGAAAGAUCUAUGUAUUCAGCUAUAAAUGAGGGAUUCCGAUGUUUAGAAGAUGGUGUCGCCAGUAAACCAGAAGAUAUAGAUGUUAUUUGGUUACAUGGUUUUGGGUUUCCACGUUAUCGAGGUGGCCCAAUGUAUUAUGCCAGUACAAUUGGAUUAGCAGAAGUCUAUGAUAGAAUAUGUUAUUAUCACAAAACAUUCCCUGAAAGUAGUUAUUGGGUUCCGAGUGAUCUAUUACGUAAAUUAGCGACAUCAGGUAGAAAUGUUCCAAUGAAUGAAUGGUCAAUGGCAGCACCAGUUAACAAGAGUAGACUUUAAUAUAUUUAAUAUUACCAACCAUUGUGAAUUUGAUUACAGCUAAUGUUUAAUAUAAAAUAAUGAAAUUGGCUUCCAGUUUGAGCGAGGUUCAAUUUAAAGCUCUUGUGCAUUUGUUUAAAUCAACAUAUUCUGAUACUGCACCCCGUUAUUAAUGUGCCAUAAGUUUAUUAUUUUGUUACUGUUAUUAUUUAGAUCUAUGUAGGUUAAAUGUAUGCAAUAAUCUACAAAUAGUGCUAUUAUUAUUUUUUAUAUUUGUUACAAACUGUAGGUUAUGUACAGGUUAUCAAAUUGUUCUUUGAUGUAAUUAUAUAAUGAUUAUGUGUAUGUAUAACCACAAACAGUGAUUUGUUGAAUUUAAUUCAAUAUUUUGUGAUAAGCUUAAUUGGGAUUGAGCUGAUUUGGUUUAUUGAGUAACAAAUAAUAACAGGUUAUUAAUCCUACCUACCACCCUGGUAAUUACAAUUUAAUUGAAAAUGUGCUGUAAUGAUGAUUACUUUUAUGAUUACAUUAUUAACUAGCAUUUAUUCAUAUAUGAUUCCCGGGUUAUAUGUGACAAGGAGCAGGGUUGCCUGUGCAACCUCGUGGGUUUUCUCCGGGUCCUCCGGUUUCCUCCCACUGCUAAAGACCCCUACGCGCAAGCGACUUAUGGAAAUAAUAUUGAACCAUAUGUUAGUCCCGAAAUGACCUAGUUUGUGUCGAGUGGAUGUUAAACCCCAUUUCUCUCUCUCUCUCUUUUUAUCCAUAUAUGUCUACUACUGUUAAUGAUUACACUAUGAACUAGCAUUUAUCCAUACAUGUCUACUACUGUUAAUGAUUGGGUUUUAGUGAAUAAGACUUGGACUAAUUAGACAGUUAGUAAAACCCAAUAUUAAAAAACCCUGCCGAGACCAAUGAUUAUUUGGGUUUACAUUAUUACUUUGAUUGUAAGGAUUUUAAAAAAACCCAAAGAUUCUUUAUCUGAAUGUAAUAUUAUGUUUAAGAUAUAUUUGAUAUUUCUUGUUGUUUAGUGUGUUUGAGUUUAUGUAAUCUGUGAUUUUUUAAAUAAAAUUUGUAUUAUAUUUGAUUAAAAUGUUAGUAAAAAAAAAAA